CAAUGAUGUUCAUUAAUUAACGUUUCUUCUCUGUGAAGAUCAUUUUAAAGGUCUUUCGUUAAACUGUUGCAUAUCUUAUUAAGCAACCCGUGAGAGUUCAGACUCGCUAUCAUCAAAGCGUCGUUAAUACAACUAGCAUGAUGUCGUGUCAAGAAACAAAUCCCCUCUCAGCGUCCGAUCAAUGCGGUAUUGAAUCCGUGACCAAAUCCUCUUCGUCCUUCAACUUCGGCUUACCCACCAUCCGAGCCCGCCGGAAAAAUGGAACAGUUCUUCCGCCUUUAGAACUUCAAAUGAUUAGCCUUAUAUCAAGUUUCGACGUGGACAAUGGCAACUCCCAGAAUAGGACUCUUUUGGACGGAACAAGUCCGUCUUCAGGUCUGGUUCUACAAACCAUGCCACAGCGAAGAGAAUCCUUCUUAUACCGAUCAGACAACGAAUUUGAGACGUCCUCCAAGUCAAUGUCUCGUCACUCGUCAAUCGGAAGUGAGCCACAUCUGGAAGACUUAAUAGUUACCCCCUUCGCCCAAAUCCUACAGAGGUUGAGGAACAUACGCAAUAAUUACAUGCGUAUCACGAACGUUCCUGCAACAAGAUCAAAACGUUCGUCAGGAGCAGUCAAUUCAUCAUCAGCUCCUAUCAAAUUAUCCGACGAACAGCAAAUGCAGCUGGCAACGGACACUCUGGACGAAAUAGACUGGUGCCUGGACCAACUAGAAACGAUUCAGUCACACAGAUCUGUUGGAGAUAUGGCCUCUAGCAAAUUCAAACGAAUGCUAAAUAAAGAACUAUCAAGUCAUUUCUCGGAAUCUAAAUCCGGUCACCAGAUUUCAGAGUUCAUCUGUAACACCUUCUUAGAAAAACAAGAUAUCGAUCUACUUAGUUAUAAAUCUGAAGAUGUUCAUUCACCGAAACUACACAGAAGGCACCAGAAGACAAUGUCACAAAUUUCAGGAGUUAAACAAAACCUCUGCCACAAAAACAGCUUGGCUAAACUGCCUAAACAUGGAGUAAAAACUCCACAUGAAGAAGAACUAGGACAGUUUUUGGAGCAGGUGGAUAAGUGGGGCAUCGACAUUUUUGAAAUAGUAGAUUUAGCCAACAGUAGGCCACUCACGGCCGUCACCUACACAAUAUGGAAUGUAACAGUGUCAGUAUUCACAGACCUGGAAAUCCUUGCAGCUUUAUUUGCAGCAGCCAUUCACGAUGUUGACCAUCCAGGUGUUACAAACCAAUACUUAGUGAACUCUAGUUCCGAACUAGCCAUUAUGUACAACGAUGAAUCUGUUCUUGAAAAUCAUUCUUUGGCUGUUGCUUUUAAGAUUCUACAGGAUGAAAACUGUAACAUGUUUGUGAACUUAACGAAGAAGCAGCAUCAAACAGUUCGCAAGAUUGUUAUUGAUAUGGUCAUAGCAACAGACAUGUCGAAACACAUGAGUUUAUUAGCUGACUUAAAGACCAUGGUAGAAACAAAGAAAGUGGCGGGGUCAGGAGUACUUUUGUUGGAUAACUAUACAGAGAGAAUACAAGUUCUUCAGAACAUGAUUCACUGCGCUGACUUGAGUGCCCCAGCUAAGCCACUAGAAAUGUACAGAAAAUGGGUUGACCUUUUAAUGGAGGAAUUCUUCCAGCAAGGAGACAAGGAGAAAGAACAAGAACUGGACAUCAGCCCGAUGUGUGACAGACACAAUGCCACUGUGGAGAAGUCACAGGUUGGCUUCAUUGACUACAUCGUACAUCCACUGUGGGAAACAUGGGCGGAUCUCGUUUAUCCUGAUGCACGAGAAAUUCUGGAUAACAUAGAAGCAAACAGAGAUUGGUACCAGAAUAUGAUACCAACCAGUCCCGUUACUAUAGAUGAGGCAUUCAGUAGCCAUCGAACCUCAAGAAGGCCGUCACAAGAAAAUGGCAGCCAUGAGUCUGGUCUUCCUGCUGCAGCAGGAAGAAUCAAAUUCGAAAUUACAACAGACAAAGAAGAACAAGAAAGUCGUAGUCUUGAGUCAUAAUGUUACACAAAGUAUUUCAUUUACUUCUUCGUUUUAGAUGAGAAAAAAAGAGAUAAUUGUUUCGGAACAUUUUCCUACAAUAAUUGAGUUAGAACUCAACAAAAUGGUGCUUUCCGUGUUAACGUGACUUUCAUCAUGUUCCUUAUAAAGUUCUGUUCUUUUGCCAUGGUUAACGUGGGUAGUUAGAGUUUUGGUGGGAAUGGAGCACUAUUAUAAACCACGUGUAAUUAGAUUAAUGUAUAUACAGUUGUUGUACAUUUGUUUAGCAAUCAGAAGUUUCGUAGGUACGAACAAUUCAUUGUGUCGCAUCUGGUUCUAUUCGUGUAAUCAGAUAGUAGAACUUAGUAAAGUAGUAGAUUUAUCUCUUGCAGUUCUUUCUAUUAGUGGAAUAUUUCUUUAAGAUAAAAACAUCUUUAUCUUUACACAAGAUACCUUUAUCUUUGUCUUCUAUCUUUACAUAAGACAUCUUUAUGUUGUUGUUUUUAUGCCUUAUGAAGACAGUUUUACCUUGUUUUUAUGCCUUAUGAAGACACUUUUAUCCUUGUUUUCUAUACUAAACAACACACCUUUACCUUUGUUUUUUUUCUGCCUGAUGCAAGACAUCUUGCAUUACACAAGACACCUAUACCCUUGUUUGUUUUGUUUUACAUAAGACUCCUUUAUCCUUGUUUGUUUUCGUUACAUAAGACACCUUUAUCCUUGUUUAUUUUGUUUUACACAAGACACCUUUACCUUUGGUUACUGUCUUAUGCAACACAUGGUACUAUAUAAGAACGGUUUGUUGUUCUUUACUUGUUAGUAUAGAGUUUUUCCCCAGUCCUUUUUCACAAGACAAAGGAAUAUCUAUAGUUGAAGAAGGUUAAUGCUUAUUAAGAAAUUAUAAUUAUAUGUUUGAUUGGCUAAUCAUAGGGGAGAAUACUAACUGAUAAAUUAUAAGAGAUGUUUGAUUGGCUAAUCAUAGGAGAGAAUACUAACUGAUAAAUUAUAAGAGAUGUUUGAUUGGCUAAUCAUAGGAGAGAAUACUAACUGAUAAAUUAUAAGAGAUGUUUGAUUGGCUAAUCGUAGGAGAGAAUACUAACUGAUAAAUUAUAAGAGAUUCGUUAAUUAGAAGAUACGAGAGAUGACCGACUGGAUAAUUGUGAGAGAUGACCGACUGGCUAAAUUGUAAGAGAGAUGACUGACUGACUAGUUGUAAAAGAGUUGGCUGACUGGUUGAUUAUAAAAUAGAAGUCUGCACGUGUAAGUCUGUUAAUUGUUCACCAUACUCUUUCUCAAUGUUUUAUAAGUACUAAAAUUCAAAGAAACUCUCAAGAUUAUGAUAUAUAUACUGUUACCUCGUUUCAAAAAUUCACUUACAAAAUGGUAUUUAAAUUUUAUUUUCGCCGUUAGAUGUCUCCCUAACAACAAUACUGUCAUGAAUAAAUACUAGCUUGGGCAAACUA